CAGCCAUUCGCUUUGCAUACACUCUCUCAGGGCACCGCCCUACUGAAACCUCAAAUAUUCGGCAUCGCUCGUUCUUGUAAUAGCAUCUUUUUCCCCAGGACGAGAAGCAUGCAUCAAAGUGUACUUCUGGUGGCCGCCGGGCUCAUCUGCCCCGUAUUCGCAGUGCCCAAUGCCAACAAUCGUGUCAACCUCCGUAAAGGCCACCGUCAGCGACAGCUUCAAACGUCCAUCGUGUCCGUGGGAGCGCCGGCUUCUGUUGGUCCGUACAAACCUCCAUUCUACGGGCCGCCGCCUCCCAAUGUGAGUAUCGCUACAGUUACCGAUUCCACCACAUCACCUCCCGACAGCACAAGCGCAUGCUCGGUGAUCAGAAUCACAGAAUAUGUCACAGUAUACGGUACUGGAGCCUCGUCCGCGGCAUCUCCUGUGAACGCCACGUCAGCACCGUCUGGGUGGAACUCUUCAACCUCAGCGGUCACUACAACGAGCGAACCAUUCUAUCCCAUAUCGAACUCCACCACGGCGACAUCCUUUGGCACAGGCACGGGGGAAGUCUCUGUCCUUCCGACCUUCGCAAACACCACUUCCAUACUUCCAACCUUCCUCAACACCACUUCUAUACUUCCAACCUUUAUUAAUACUACUUCCAUACUUCCAACUUUUAUCAAUACCACUCUCAUCCUCCCUACAUUCGUCAACACGACCUCAAUUCUCCCCACUGCCGUCAACCUCACAACCACGGUGGACUACACCCUUGCACCCAAUCCUUAUCCGACCCCGGUAGUGGUACCCUCCAACUUCACAUCCUUCCCCAACAUUAGCACGCCAGAUGUCAGCAUCACGGUACUGCCCACUGCGGUACUUCCCACCUUCUCGACGUCAGUACUAGUAAACACGACGAGUUUCGCCAACGUCACAGCUGUCCCGCUCCCCACGGUCACGGAGGAGACUACCACGACCAUCAUCAUACCUCCGUUUUCGACGUCGUCCUCGGCAUCACUCGUAAUCAACCCAUCUCAGAGCCCGAUCGAGGUGGCACCCUCGACGUCGACCACAACGACGGGGCUGGUUAUCGUGACAUCAGUUCCCCCGAUCGACACGGCCAGUGCCACACCAUCCGAGCUACCAACCACGGUCGUCACAGCCACCAACACCGUCUCGGACAACGCGCCGACGGGAACACCUUCGCCGGACGAGAUUCACUGCGGCGUCAGGGGCAGUGCCCUCGGCGUGUACUACCUCGCCACAUAUGCCUAUAACAAGGCCGGUGUCCCCGUGACGCUCGAAGGUUGCUACCAAUUCUGCAGCUUCGCCAUCGAACAAUGCUACAGCUACGAGUUCUACCUGGAGCCCGGACUGGGGGCUCCGAGGUGCAAGCUAUACGGGGGCAUCGUUGCGUACGAGUUGGCGUCCAUCGACCCCUACUCGCCAGAUCUGUGGUUCGACGUGGCGUGCGGCGACCCGUCCAAGUACAUCGGUGCCAAGUAAAGGAGAGGAUGGCGGUACGUCGGCGCCCGAAAGGGGGGGGAUGGUCGAGCCUCGGAAAUCGUUGCUUUUCCCAAGUGUUCAUCUCUCAUUUCUUGCUUUCCUUCCGCCUCUCGUUCACACUCAUUCUCACAAGCGCCAGCCGAGGUAAUCAGCGUGCGGUCUCCUUUUGACGUUGUAUCAUUCCACAAUAAUAGACCUGAUAUCGUGUUCAUUCCUAGAAUGCUUUAGUCGGAAAU